AAAAAAAAAAAUUAAAACGCAAAUCAAUCGCAGACCGCCACGAGUCAGUGGGGUCCGCGAACAGUGUAAAAAACUCACUAAAUCGGUUUUUAAUAGUUUUUGUAACCGAUCGUUAAUAGUUUGUGGGGGACCACGCAAUAAAAACCUCACUGAGGACCCCGGAUAAACAUGCUCUAACAUCCGCAUCAUUUGACUUUUUGCAAUUCCAUUAGUUUAAUAAUUUCAUAUUUUUCUGUUAUUUAAAAAAAAAAAAUCAAACCACACGUACCCUUCUCUAAAUGUCAGCUCCAAAAAAGUUUAUUUAAUUAAAUAGUGGAAAUUUUACCCAACAAAGUAAUGUAAAAUACAACAACAAACAUUAUGAUUGUCGUUUACAGGUUUUACUAAUUCCAAUAAACAUAAUACCAUCAGAAUAAACCUCUUACAAAAGUCAACUCUUUUCAUCCUCUUCACAUUUUGCCUCCACAACAUAAAUACUCAAAAACGCUAUUCAUAAUAAUGUCUCCAUAACUUUCAACCUCCAACAUGCUUCGUCUUCACUAAACGGUGACGUUUUAUACCCAGUUCACCUCAUCCUUCUACAAAUGGGGAAUGGCGUUAGUGGCUGUUGCGCGGUAACCACCGCCGGAGAUAUUUCCAAGCGAUACGACGUCGUACCGGUUCACGACAACCUAGGUCACUCUUUCUGUUAUGUCGGGCCAGUUCUCAACGGAUCAAGAUCUUCUUUCCAACAAGAACCGUCCCUCCGACUAGACUCCAUCCCCGGAGCCACCACCACAACCUUCUCAAUCUCCGGCGCUUCCGUUAGCGCCAAUACUUCAACGGCGCUCUCUGCCGGCUCCCCGUCAACAGACGCGUCCUUACUAGCCUCAGGGUUCGAAAGCUCUAACAGAUUCGCUUCCUUGCCGCUCAAGCCCGUCCCGCGUAGUCCGAGUAAGAAGCCGGGUCACGAGUCGGGUGUGUUCGAGCGGCGGUUUUUAUCUGGUCCGAACGAAAGCGGUUUGGUUUCAGGUCCGGUCGGGAAGAACAAGAAGAAGAAAGAGAAACCAAAGAAGAUCAAAUCAUUUACGAAACCUAAACCGAACAAGAAGUUUCUCACAUUCAAAACCAUUGUCACCAAUAUCAUCUCUUCUUGCUCUAAGAAGAGCGUGGUUGAGCCAAUCUACGGUUCCUAUUCAUCUCACGAAUCUUUAGAUUCCUAUGAGACCAACACAACUCUGAGAAGCCAAGAAAGCCGUCGAACAACCAAAGAACAAGAAGAAGAAGAAGAAGAAGAAGAAGAGAAGACUGAGUCUGUUUUGGAGGAGGAGCCUAAGAUACAAUGGGCGCAGGGGAAAGCAGGGGAAGAUCGAGUACACGUCAUCCUCUCUGAGGACAAUGGUUGGCUUUUCGUGGGGAUCUAUGAUGGAUUCAGCGGUCCAGAUCCACCGGAUUAUCUUCUCAACAAUCUCUACACCGCCGUGCUUAAAGAACUCAAAGGCUUGCUAUGGAACGACAAAUUAGAAGUCGAGGAUCUUGAAUCAUAUAUCGAAAACGGUGAGCCCCAGAUCAAGAAACAUAGUACAGUCGACCAAGUUUCUGUUUCGGGCCAUGUAAUGAAAGAAGACUAUGUUGCUUGUGACUCAAGAAACAUAGAAGUAAUGAAAGAAAAUUGUGUUGCUUGUGACUCAAGAAACAUAGAAGUAGUGAAAGAAGACUCUGUUUCUUGUGACUCAAGAAACAUAGCCGAGAAUAUGAAGAAGUUGCAAUGGAGAUGCGAGUGGGAGGAUAACUCAAUAAACAGCAAGUCCACGCACAAGGAAUCUGAUUUGGAGAUGAUUAACCACAAAGACGUUUUGAGAGCUCUUCAACAAGCGUUGAAGAAAACGGAAGAAGCAUUUGAUCUAAAGGUGGAUGAGAAUCCAGAGUUAGCAUUGAUGGGAUCGUGUGUUCUUGUGACACUGAUGAAGGGAGAGGACGUCUACGUGAUGAGCGUCGGAGAUAGCCGAGCGGUUUUGGCUAGAAGACCUGAUCUAAGGCAGAGGAAGAAGAUGCAAAACGAGCUUGAGAGAAUCAAAGAAGAGAGUCCAUUAGAGACAUUCUUGGUCCGGGACAAAGGAUUGAAUCUUCUGGUUCCUGUUCAACUUAAUAUGGAACACAGCACAAACAAUAAAGAGGAAGUGAGAAGAAUCAAGAUGGAACAUCCUGAUGAUCCGUUGGCGAUAGAGAAAGAUAGAGUGAAAGGAUAUCUCAAGGUCACACGUGCUUUUGGCGCUGGGUUUCUUAAGCAACCAAAAUGGAACGAGGCGCUUCUAGAGAUGUUCAGAAUAAACUACGUUGGAACAUCGCCAUACAUCACGUGCUCUCCGUCCCUACACCACCACAGACUCACGUCACGUGACAAAUUCCUCAUCCUCUCCUCAGAUGGAUUGUAUGAAUACUUUUCAAAUGAGGAAGCCAUCUUUGAGGUCGACUCUUUCAUCUCGGCCUUCCCUGAAGGUGAUCCUGCUCAGCAUCUCAUCCAAGAAGUCCUCCUUAGAGCUGCUAAAAAAUAUGGUAUGGACUUCCAUGAGUUGCUGGAGAUACCGCAAGGAGAUCGCCGCAAGUAUCAUGAUGAUGUUUCUGUGAUUGUAAUUUCACUUGAAGGAAGAAUUUGGAGAUCUUCCAUGUGAAUAUCAUUAAAAUCUUAUUUAACAAACAAAAAUAUAUAUUUAAAAAAAUUGUCAAGAGACAGACUCACUGAACUUAGAUU